GAACCCCUCUGUUGUGGACAUUUUCCAUUACCACCUGCAUUAUCCAAUCAGUAUGGAGUACAGAGUGCUCAGUGUUCAAAUAAUUACUUCAAUAUAAUGUCAUUAACAAUGAAAGCAAUACGGGAUUUAGUGAUAAAUUGCAAGUACAAGUAGACAAAAUGAGACACUAGUCUUUGGAGAAACUGGCUGCGUUUUCACGUUAAGUAACAUACAGGUUAUUGAGCAACAUAUCACACUUGAUAAUAUAGCAUGCAGGCGUGCACCUGGUUCUCACGCCCUUAGCACUGGAAAUAUAUCAGCAAAAGGUCAGUUUUAUGAUGUUGCAGAUUGAUGCUGAGUGUCAUCAACUAAAUAUUUAUUUUAUACACUAGUUCUGUGCAUUUGAUUUUGAACUUGUGUAACGCAUAUUGCAGGAAAAUCUUAUGCUGUGACACCAUAGUUCUCUUAUCUUCACAUUCUAACUGCUUUUUGAGAAUAUUACAGCUUUAUCAAUAUGAAAUGGGUUUAAAAUAUGGAUAUUUCUGUAGUAAUUAUAGGAUAUCACAUAUUAGACACCUGAACACUGCAUUAAACACUGUAACUGCUAGAAGUGAAUGUCUUUAAGUUGCUGAACACAGUUAUUCAAUAACUUUUAUGUAACAAAGUACCAAGCAUAGUCCAAUUAUUUUACCUGUUUGAUUAGUUGCUAUCAUGAACCUUUUUUCGGGCUGCGGCAAAUACACAACAUUCCCUGUACCCUCACGGUUUAUACACAUCUAAAUGGAAGCAGUUAUCUAUCGUUGUUGGAAUAUCGAUGAAAAUCUGAAAUGUGUGCAGACAUUACGGAGCCUUGUGAUCCAAGGAUAACAACAGUGCAUGUUAGAUUGUGUGAUGUGCUCUGACAUGCUACAAGCUGAAACCACCCUGGUCAUGUGACGGAACCUUGCCUGCCAAUGAGCGCUAAGUAUUGGGGUCAGCGUUGGGGGAGGGGCUGCUUGGGUGUUCCCUGCCACCAGGCUCUACAGAGACUAACAUGGGCUUUCUAUGCACAAAUAUAUUGGUUAAGUGGCCAAAAAUGUGAUUUGUACAGAAAGCUUGGAAGUGAUGUGAUGAGAUUUAAUUCUGAUUCUAGGUUAUCAAAACUAGAGGAAAAAUGGAAAAAACUAUUAUUCAGCCUCGGUUUCUCUUCCUCAUAGCACUCAUGGGUUAGCAGGCAGAACACGUGAUGUGAUUUCUACAUUUCCUGUAGACCCGCCUGAAAACCGAAAGCAGUGCAGGUAUCCGACAGCUCUCUGGUCAGAUAGUGCAGGGAACAAAAUCCAUUGUGCUUUGAGUUUCUGGUACUUUAAGGGGAGAUUACAAUCACUGACUAAACUGAGAUCUUGAGAUUGAAAUGGCAAGCCAAGGACACUGAUUCUGCAUGCAGAUGAGCAGUUUUUUUUUAGCUAUCUCUGAUUGAAGCUUCUUAUAGUAAGCAGGCUAGUCUUUGAGUGAAACUGUCAGCAGAUGUUGGAAUUGAUGUCUCCCUCUGACAGCUCCAAAAUAAAAAAAAAAGACCCUUGAUCUUUUUCAGAGUAGGCGCAAUGAGCACGCUCUGAACUUCAUGGGGGCGUGUCUCUUAGUCAGGUGACCAGAUGUAAUCUGGAGUAAUCUGAGAACGGAUGAGAAGAAUAAGCAGGGAUGUGUGUCAUUUGACUUUCUUUCAUUCUUUUUUUCUUUGUCUUCCCUUCUCCCCGUUUUUGUUAUUCUGUAUAAAUAAUGUAGUGAUGUAUUACCAUACACUAAUGUAAAGUGCCUUGUGGCGUGUCUGUAGUGAAAGGUGCCAUAUAAAAAUAAAUUGAACAGAAUUGAGCUGAAGAUCACUGUGUGGAUGAGCUUGGAACAAAUGCCUGUUUGUUAAAAGGAAAAAAAAACGUUAUUAGACAUUUUCCUUAAACCUAAAAAUUUCAGUAGUGAUUCACUAAUCAAGAGGCAUGACAAAAUGAAGAUGCAGAUCAUGCUGACAGGAGAAUGUAUAUCAGAGCACAGCUCGGUGCAGAUUAAUUGUACUUUUUUGCAUUUAGGACCAGGAUUCCAAUGGUUUAAAGUCUUUGAGAAGUGGGAUUAUAACAUUUAGCAGCACUUCACCCACCCUAAACCACAGGUACACCUGCAAGUCACCAUGUACACUGAAUAACUCCUGCCUUGGACUGUGCCAACUGUAUGUUGCUUUGCUUAAAUGCAUCUGCUAAGUGUAAUGCAGCCGCCUAGGGCACCAGCAUCUGAGAGGGCACCUCCUUACCAAACCGCCGAAGUAGAAACGGGAGGUAAAGUUUGACGGGGCGCCCCGUUGUGAACCUUGACUUAGGCGAUGUGUUAGCUUCAACCGGCACUUAAUCGUAGACUGAAUAUAAGUGAGUCAAAUAUAACGCGCAAAAUGACGGAUAUAAUAGCAUGUUUCCUUAUUUAAAAAAAAAAGUAGCAGGACGUAUUCAGUACACAUGGGACACAGAACAACAUCAGAUACAAGUUUUACUGUCGGUCUGACGUUCGAGUCUGAUUACAAUUACCGUGUCACUUAUUUUUGGCCGGAACCUUUUUUAUACGAAUCACGUUGUACUUUAAGGGCGGGCGUAAUUGAGUGACACACCAGCAUCACUUCCGGCCACCUCAGCGUCGGUGUUUUCAUUGCGCUGGUAAUCUAGGGUACUUGCUGCUGCUGCGAAAUCAGGAGGGUCGAGUUUUCUGUAACGAACAGUUUUGUUUUUUGGGAUAGUCAGAACAAUUGGCUUAAAAUGGUUUUGCUGACAAUGAUCGCUCGGUUGGCCGACGGGCUGCCUCUCGCCGCCUCCAUGCAGGAGGAUGAACAGCUGGGCCGGGACCUACAGCAGUACCAGAGCCAGGCCAAGCUGCUGUUUCGCAAACUCAACGAGCAGAGCCCCACACGCUGCACAUUAGAGGCCGGCGCCAUGGCCUUCCACUACGUGAUUGAGAAAGGCGUGUGUUACCUGGUCCUGUGUGAGGCGGGUUUCCCAAAGAAGCUGGCCUUCGCGUACCUGGAGGACCUUCAAGCUGAGUUCCACGAGCAACAUGGGAAGAAGGUCCACAGUGUCUCGCGCCCAUACUCCUUCAUAGAGUUUGAUACCUACAUCCAGAAAACAAAAAAGUCGUACAUAGACAGCAGAGCACGUAGGAACCUCGGUAACAUCAACACGGAGCUCCAGGACGUGCAGAGGAUCAUGGUGGCCAACAUUGAGGAGGUGCUGCAGAGAGGCGAGGCCUUAUCUGCUCUGGACUCCAAGGCCAUGAACUUGUCCAGCCUAUCUAAGAAGUACCGCAGCGACGCCAAAUAUUUGAACACUCGCUCCACCUACGCCAAGCUGGCCGCCGGUGGCGUCUUUUUCAUCAUGCUCAUUGUCUACGUGCGUUUCUGGUGGCUCUGAAUUAGGGGGGCAGGGGGGGGUUAGGACUUGAGGGGGGGUGAGGGGAAGGCAAAGAAGCGGAAUCCAAGGAGGUCUGAAGAACGUCCAGAUGGAGGAACAGAACAAAAUAAACGAGGCUACGUUACUCCACCAGGAUCCAUCCUGCUCUUUAGGCCGUCAGGCUGGCCGCCUUCCUAUUGGUAGAUCGACACAGAUCUGUAAUUUACUAUUAAUGUUAUUCUUAUUGCUGGGUUUAAUUGACACUAGCACAACAUGUUUGAUAAUGGCUGAUGUGUAUGAGUGUGAGAGAGAGGAUCUGGUUUAAGUUAAAGAGGAUGUGCGUGCGUGGAUGUGCUCUUUGUGUCAGUCUCUGUGUUUAAACGCUAACGGGUGCCCGACCUGCCUCAGCGUUUGUGCUGCGUGGCGGAGCUGGGGAUGAGGCGGCCAUGCACCCAUACACCUGUCUCUGUGCUGUCAUUUGGUCUCGCUGAAGAGUUCAAUGGGAGUUUUGUGUCAUGCUAACAGGAGUCGUGUUUACCCCGAGAACAAGGGAUACCCUGGAUUACGUUUGUCAUGUCUGUGUCUGAGCUGACGAUCAUAAGUGUUACCGGACCGGACUCCCAUAUGUAUAGACUGACAAGCUUAACGGUACAUUGUAAAAAGUUUACAUAUAUGUUAUGUUUAAAAAAAGGCAAGAAAACAUUAUUAGCAGUUUGAGGCAAAUAUGUACAUGAUUAAAUGAAACCUGCAGUUACAAAAAUAAAGUUAGCGACUGGUA